GCCCCUCUGAACUGAAUCAUCUUCUGUAGUCUCUGUCUGCCCUAAUUUCGCAUGCACAUCUAUGUAAGGAAAGAAAGAUAAGGCAUUAUCAUUUUGAAAACUUCGCUGUACUUUCAUCCAGUUUUCACAUGGUUGCUCCUUCCUCAAUCCAUUCUAUCAAUACGUGAGAUUCUUUUCUGGGUUUUCACUUUGACGAGUUCGUAGUUAUUCUAGUGCUACCUCAAUGUACACCAACAUCUCCAAAGUCCAGGCUUUUCCUUUUGCCGCUAAAAUCUCUUCGCAACCCAAAUGCUUCACUUCACCCAACGCCUUAAGGUCCCUAUCUUUACCGCUUGCUUAUAAUCAAAACCACAUCUUAAUGAUCCCCGCUUCACAUAAAAUUGGAACCUCGGAAGUGGGGAAGUUAGCAAAUCCGUACGGCUUUAUGGUACAAAUUGCUAGAACGCAUUAUAGGUCAAGAAGUGGCGAAAAACAACUUCCUUGGUUAGAAGUGGCUAAUGAGGUUCAGGGAGAAGGUAAGGUGGUGGAGAAAGCAAAGAUGACUAGGAUUAGUGCCUCUAUCCAGGAGGGUUCAGCAAAGAAGGUGAGUGGUAAGUCCUCUUGGGAACAAUCCAUUGAAAGGUUAGAUAAAAGCCAUAAAGCAACAGUUCCAGAAAUUAAGCCGAGAUCAGCAACGGCUGCAACAGUUUCUAUGAAAGGCGGUGCAUCAGCAGCUGCUAGUAAGGAAAGGAAGAGUGGAUUGGUUGAGAAGGCUGGAGAGCACAGGAGUGGUUUUGGCAAAAGGUAUGUGAAGUAUGAUGAUAGUGACGAGGAAGAAGUUGAUGAUGAAAUGGGGGAGGAGAUUGAGGAUCCAAGGUGGGAUAACAUAAAGAAUAGGUUCAAGGGGACGGUGGGGGCAAAAGUUGGAAUGGAGAGACCCGAGUUUCGAAGAUGGAAUAAGCAGGAGAACUGGGGUAGAAAGACAUGGAAAGAGGCCACUGAAUCCACUGUGCCUAAGAUUGUUGGUGAAGCAAUUUAUGGGGUUGGUCCAGUUUUGGCUGCAUUGUCAGCUGAUCGAAGGGAAUUCUAUGCAUUGUAUGUUCAAGAAGGAUUGGAUUUGAGUAGCAAUAAUAGGAAGAAGAAGGACAAGAAAGGCUUUGAAAGAGUUCUAAAGAUUGCUGAGAAGCUAGAUUUGAGUGUAAAAGAAGCAUCAAAACAUGAUCUGAAUAUGGUGGUUGAUAACCGUCCUCAUCAGGGUUUAGUUUUAGAUGCUUCACCACUAGAGAUGGUAAAAAUAAAGGAACUGGACCCUGUUUCUGUUGAUGAGGGGAAGGGUUCCCUUUGGAUAGCUUUGGAUGAGGUUACCGAUCCACAGAAUUUAGGGGCAAUAAUUAGGUCUUCAUACUUUUUUGGAGCGACUGGGGUUGUUUUAUGUGCCAAGAAUUCAGCCCCAUUGAGUGGUGUUGUGAGCAAAGCAAGUGCAGGCUCUCUUGAGUUAAUGGAACUUAGAUAUUGCAAGAAUAUGAUGCAAUUCUUGGUGUCUUCAGCUGAAAAUGGCUGGCGGGUUCUUGGGGGCUCUGUCUCCACCAAAGCUAUUUCUUUGGAUGAGGUUGUACCAGGUCCGCCUACUAUUCUUGUUUUGGGCAGCGAGGGCACUGGUUUGAGACCAUUGGUGGAGAGAUCAUGCACUCAGUUAGUUAGGAUUCCUGGGAACAUUCCUCUUGACCCAAAUACUAGUGAAUUGGAUGGUGAAAGUAAUGAUUUGAAUGCUCAGAGCUCUGGUAGAGAGUUUCUAUCAUUUUUGGCCGUGGAAAGCUUAAAUGUUAGUGUUGCAGCAGGUGUACUUGUUCACCAUUUAAUUGGGAAGAAGUUAGUGGAUUCAUUGCCAGAGGACAAUAAACAGUUAAAAUUGCUGCUGUGUAUCUUCUUCUCAGAAAGUUUGUAUCUCCCUUUUUGGCUCCAUGGUUGAACUCGCUCGCCUCUGUUCAAAUCUGUGAUAGCUUUGGACUUCAUGUUGAGUGUGUCUCCUUCAAUAAUAUGUUUUUUUGUCUUUAUUUUUACCCUAGCUAUGUCCCAUGGAGUGUUGUCGGUGUCCCACUCUCUACUUCUUUGGAUGUGACUUUAGGCUUUUACUUUGAUGUUGUUUGUCUCUCGCUAUUUUUUUAUAUCUUAUUUGGUUUUUGGAUCUCUCUUGAAUGUCUUUAUGCUACGUUAGUUUAGUGCCUUAAUCAGCACCCUUUCAUUCCAUAAAGGAUAAUCAGGAAAGUAAAACUACUGCUUCACACUUUACCUGAUCUCUCCUCUUGUUUGGCACCCAUGUUUGGUUUGUUGUGUCCCUCUAGUUGUUCGGUGGCUGUGCAAUAUUUUUAGGUUGUUCUUUCCUUGACUUUUUAGGACUUAUUUGUUUUCUAUUAGAAGGAGGGUUUUCUUUAUAAUAAGCUUUAAAUUGAGUGUUAGAACCUGUGGAAAUGUCUUAAUUUCUUUAUUAGAAUAUUGUAGACGAUCCUUUAAUGUUUUCUUUAUAUACGGGACUAAUUACAUAUGACCUCAUCUUAUCAUCUAUUCCUCUGAUUCUCAAGGAUUAAGUUUGAUAUUAACAAAGGUUCCAUGUUCUAUGAAUAUACCAGAUAUAUCAAUACAGUGUGAUACAUCUCAGUUAAUAGCUAGUAGCAAGAAUUGGAUGCAGAUAGAGAUAGAGGAAUUCUUAUAAUCUAAUUGCAUAUUAUCAUACAAUAAAAAAUUGUUAACUUCAAUUCAGGAAAACAGAUUGUACAAUAUGAUAAGAAUUGAUCAAAACCCUUAGGAAAUUUCUCUCUGUCUGUCUGAUAUAUACACAUGCCCACAAAAAUAUCUUCUCAUA